ACCUUCCUCGGGCUCAGCACUUGGUUGGCGGCGGGGCGAGAAGAGUGGUGGACGGCGGCCUCCCUCACACUCUCCCUGACGCUCCCUCUGUCGGUUAUCAUUCUCAUUGACUCCAGCUUUUUUAUCCUCUUUUUUUUUUUAAUGGGCGAGGGUAGAAAAUAAAGAGUCCAUUGCCGCUGGUGGGCUUCAGUUACGGUCACAAUAAUACCAUAGCUGACUGGAGUGUUUUUUCUUCUUUCUUUUUCUGCCGUUGCGAAGAUAAAGUAAAACCGCCAAAAUGAAGUUCCCGGAGAUCACUAUUAUGCGAUUGUUCGUGUGGAUUGUGUCGGUGCCGUGCGUGGUUAUGUUCUUGAUGGUGGCCUCCUCGCACUCCGACAGUCGCGACUUCAAGGUGACCCAGGAGGUGUUCUUCUUGGUCGAGAGGGACGGGAAGCCUUUGGGAGAGCUGGUGUUCGGGCUGUUCGGCGAGACAGCCCCACGCACCGUCAAGAACUUCGUCACCUUCGCCACCAAAGGAUACAAGGGCAUGAAGUACGAGGGCACCAGGUUCCACAGGGUGAUCAAACACUUCAUGAUACAAGGAGGAGACGUGGUGAGCGGGGACGGCCAGGGCAGUAUUUCAAUCUACGGCAAAACCUUUCCUGAUGAAACUGUGGAGAUUAAACACACGAAGCACGGCAUGCUCAGUAUGGCUAAUCGAGGCCCCGACACCAAUGGCUGCCAGUUUUUCAUCACCACCAUCGCCACGCCCUGGCUGGAUACUCACCACGUGGCCUUCGGAAAGCUGGUGGAAGGGGAGGAGGUGAUGCGGGAGAUCGAGUCCUCCGCCACAGACCACGAUGACCGCCCUCUGAAGGACAUCAUUAUCUACAAGAGUGGCCGACGCCCUCUUGCUGCACCCUAUUACAUCAGCGACGACCCGUACAACCUCCGUGACUGGAUGAAGGCAAUGGCUGUCCCUGUGGGCCUUGCAGUCAGCCUCAUUCUUCUCCUCAACCACUGCUUGAAGAAGUUCGACGCUGCGCUCGGCGAUGAUCAAGACGACGAAGCAGAUAAGAAGAAGACGAAGAAGGAACUAGAGAAAGCGAAGAAGAAGAAGGAGGAGGAAAAAAGGAGGCUGGUGGAGGAGGAAGAAGAUGAGGAGGAGGAGGUGGAAACAGAGGAAGAGGUGCAGGAAGUCGAGGACACGGAGGAGGAGGAAGAAGUGGAGGAGGAGGGAGAGGAAGAGAAGAAAGAGAAGGAUAAGAAGGAGCAGAAGAAGGAAAAGGAGAAGAAGGACACAGGGCUGAGGAAACGCGCUGGAAAAGGAGAGAAAUCGGGUGAAAAGUAGAAAUAAGAACAGUACAGAAUGGACACGGAAAUAAUACACACACACACACACACACACACACACACACACACACACACACACACAGAC